AUGGCAGGUAUUAGAGAAUUCUCCACUGCCGGCAUAAAUAAGCUACCGAUAAAAUGGCAAAAUUGUGUUGAUGAUUUAGAUGCAUACUUUGAUUUACUUCAUUGCUUUUUGUUAGUUGGAUUGGCUUUUGUUGCCGCUGUUGGCAUAUGUCUUGUUGUGCUGGGAUGUGCCCUCCCCACCUUCAACAACUGGUGGCCCAUGUUUGUUCUGAUAUUCUACUUCCUGUCGCCACUUCCCACAGUAAUCUCACGACGUAACUCACAGAGUUUUGACUCCAGCAGCAAUGCCUGUGCUGAACUGUCCAUCUUUCUGACCACAGGCAUUAUCAUAUCUGCCAUAGGGCUCCCUCUCGUAUUAGCACAUGUGGCUGUGAUCAAAUGGGGUGCAUGUGCACUGGUAUUGGCUGGGAACAUAAUUGUCUUCAUCACAAUACUUGGUUAUUUCAUUGUGUUUUCCAGUGACGAGUUUGACUACAACAUGUGGUGUUAGCUGUUGGCUAAACAAAGUCAUCACCAUCAACACCACCACCAACACCAUCAACCACAAGCUUGGUUUGAAAGAAAGAACAAGCCAUAGCAAGCAAGCAUCAUGGAAAUUAUUCAUGCCUCACUCCACCCUCUUAAGCCUGGGUUUUCUAUUGUUUUUAAAGCAAGAUGAUGUUCUAGAGAAACUGGGUGUUUCUUUAAAACUUUGAUCUGCCUUUAUGAUUGACUUUAAAACAUCCACCAGCAAAACCCACUCUAUACAUACAUACAUGUUUAUAUUAUAUAUAUAUAUAGACAUGUAAAAUACAUAUGUAAUAUAU